UACUUGCAGCGGUGACGGCUGCCUCUGAAUUGGGGCUCAAAGUCUCAUUUUUCACUCAGGUUCAAAUUCAGAGCCUUCCAGGAUCAUUACAAUAAUCCAUGUCCAACCUGAGCCCCGACAAUUUGAAGAAAAUCACGUUUUCAUACCCCAGGUCCUUGGAAGAUUUGCUUCAGGAUGUGGCCUCUUUGCAUGAAUCAGCCUCUGGAUCUGCUGCCCCUACGUCGCUGAUCAUCGUGGACGGACUGGAGGGCUACCUGCGCGGGCCUGGAGUGAGUGGUGGCCUUCAGCAGGCGGAGCAGUCCUCUGCUGCACACAUCUCUGCUCUGCUGUAUGACACGGCUGCAUUUCUCUCACAGACCUUGGAAGAGAGAGCCAAUAGUCUGGCCCCCUGUCGGGUCAUAGCCUCGUUCCAGUCCGAGUGGGAAGGGCAUGCUGGUGGGGACUCCUCAGACCCUGUCCUCUCAGUGUUAGACCGCUACUUUCAGGUUAGGUGUACCUUGGACCAGGACUGGAACUCUGCCCUUGCUGUAGCAGGACCACAGGACACGUGGCAUGUUUACCUCUCUGGUGCUGGGAUCACAGAAGCCCCUAUUGCUGAGGAUGAGGAGGACUCAAGUCUGGCUCGAGAAUGGCGACUGGUCAUUUGCCCCAAUCGCUCAAUGGAGUUUACAAUGGUUUGAAAUCUA